UUCUACAUUAAUAUACUUAGCAUUCAGCUCUUAAUAAGAAAUGAUGAUCACAAAAGAUACCCAGCAACAAAAGAGCUCUGAGAUUCUGAGAUAGCACCCAGUGCCUACAGAUGUGCUGCUGUUUGCCAGCUGCUGUGGUGAUGAUGUCAGUCAAGGGAAGUCAAAGUUCAUUUUGCAGGGGAAAUAAAGAUUUUACUGGAAAGUAGAGUGUGCCUUCCUUAAUAAGGAAGCAGCAUUGGAUCUCACCCAUAUACUCCAUUAUUCCUUUCCAUGUGCUGAUGUAACCCUUUUUUAUAAAAGCCAGCAACCCUCAUUGGAUCAAUGAGUCCUGAUCAAUUGUUUUUCUCGCUGAAUUAUCCAUAUGGGGUCGUUUGCUGAGCUGCUGGCAGAAAGUGGGGGAGAGCGUUCUGCCUGUUUACUGUAAAGAAAGCAAAGCAAGCAACCAGGAGGGGACAGGCAGCAGGGUAUUUACUGUCAAUACAGCCGGAGAGAGAGAGGAGAUAUAAGGAGAGAGGAGCCGAGGCUGAAGACCGCAACCCAAAUGAAUGAUCAGAGUGUAAAAAUACCCACACUGUUUCCGAUGGAAAAUGGGUGGAUUGAAGUCAACAAGGGAUAACUGGCAGUGCUUGACAAAUGGUUUAGUGAAGGGUUAGAGAGACAGGGAGGUGCUUGUGGUGCACAGAACGAUAAUGCUGUGCAUGAGCCUACUGUGUCUGCAGCGCAACCUGAAAGGAUCUGCUGAGAUGAAGCAGUAACUGGGAUAUUUGUGUGUGUGUCUGCAUGUGAGACGUACCACUUAAGAGUCAUCAUAGUAAAACUAAUAAUGAUCAGGUUUAGAAAAUAAUAAUUGGAGCUAAUUUUCCUAAGCAGUUGGGUUAUUCAGGCCUGGAAGGGGGGGAGUGGGGAGGAGGAGGGGGAAAGGCAUAUUUUCUUGCUUCUCUCUCCAUUUCUUCAUGCACAGAGGAAUUAGGCGAUCUGAAAUUUAGAGGACAAGGUGGCUCUGAGCAGCUCUCUCUGAGUGUCCCUCCUGUUUCCAGAUGCAGGCGAACAAGUGAAGAGUGAAUUCACACUUUAGAGAACAGUGACGACCAUCUUGCCAUGAAACCAUUCACAGAUGAAGAUGUAGAAAUCUACAUCCAGAGCAAGGUAGAGCCACGCCAUUCUCUGGUCUCCAAAACAGUGGAGGAGGUGCAGAAAAUCAUCCAGCAACUGACCACAGAAAUCAGCUAUAAGGCCACACGAUUCCAGGCCAUCUCCAAUUCUGGCAUUCACAAUGAGAAUAUUAAGGAUCAGCCGGCCUUACUGGCCAAGUGGUCAGCUCUGCUGCGGGGAAAGCGCCCGUUCCACCCAUCCAUCCAGGUCUUAGCACCGAGCCAGUUCCUCAUCACGGUCCCUCUGCGUGGCCUGACUGGGUACAGGGAAAGCCAGGUCCGACACUGGCGCUAUUACACUGUGCAUGGAGCCAAGCUACUCUCCUCUGUGCGGGACCCUGAGGAGCUGCAUCAAUGGCUUGAGGUGGAACAGUUCUCAAAAACCCUUCAGCAGUGGCACGAAAAGGAUGUGAACAUUGAAGGGGAUCUGGUUCCAGCCAAAGUCCUUAUCGUCUUCCGAGAGCUGGUGGAAAAGUCAAUUGUUUCCUGUAACCUAUCCAACAAAGUGACGGUGCUGGAGAGCUUCAGCUCAGUUGUGCGAGUGGCUGUGGAAACAUCAAAAUUCCAGGUUGAGGUGGAGCUGGCCCCUACGGUGGAGAUUCCAACUUGCUGGCCUGAGAAAGCUCGGUGGCCUCGUUGCCUCAAGCGUUGGCCAUCCCAGGAAAAAGUGCAGUGCGUCAAGUCACUUGGUUUUGACCUCUUGGCCCGCUCCAAUUAUCACUGGCAGCUGUGCUUCUCCCGUGCUGAGCAUAUGCUCAUGGAAGGCCUCGACGAAGAUGGUGGUUGCCGCAUGAAAUGCUUCAGAGUCAUGAGACAGAUGAAGGAGGAUGUCUGGUGUGCUGGAAAUAAGCCUGUCAUCACAGCUUAUCACCUUCAGACAGUGCUAUUCUGGACGUGUGAAAAAUACCCACGCACCAAGGAUUGGCGCUGCUUUCACGAAGCCUUCCUGAGGCUGGUGCAGAAGCUGCACAAGUGUGUGAGCCAGCACUUCCUCAAGCAUUACUUUGUCAAGAACACCAAUCUGCUCAAAUAUGCCAACACCAGUGACCUGGACACGGUGGCCAGCAAGCUUGCUGUCUUCUUAGAGAACCCGGCCUUCUGCUUGGAUUAAGGCUGAAGAAAGCUUCCUCACCUCAAAUUUGAGCAGUUUCCCCACCUCUUCUCCUCAUUGAUGGUGUUCUUGUCCUUCCAGGAGGUGUUGCAGCUGGCUUUCUGAGGCAGUUGGCACUGAUGGAAUGAACAAAAUGUCAAGAUUGCAGCUGUGGGUGGAGAAAACUGAUGGAAGGCAUUGCUUGAUGCCCAGCCUAUCUAAUUUGCUUUCAACAGCAACAGCUUGCCUAGAAGCUACAGCCUGUGAAACUCAACCCUGUGUCAGUCAGAGCAGCAACUGCCUUAUUCUCUGUCUCCAAUCUCGUGGCACAUAAGCAGAAAGACGGUGCAAAGAAGUCUCACUCUGCUACCUACCUGCUGUGCAACCUAGCACAUGGAUGGUGGUUGUUUAAAGUGCCCGUGUCUUUUUGGGGUGUUGCAUAGGAGGAGAAUACUUUUUCAAGGGCUCAUAGCUCCAAUAUUCCCAGCGCUUUUAAUAUUAAGAAAAGAAGUUUUAGGCUUUCAGAAGAAGCAAGUGCUAGAAUGAGUAUAAAGAAUGUUGGUUUAAAUGUUAUUAAAUCACUGAAACUACACCAAAAUGCACUUUUUUCUUACACCUGUGAAAGAAGGUAAGUGUGUUCUUUGAUGAGGAAGACGAGGUAGCAGGAAUGGGAUUCACAGCCCAACCCCAGGGAGCUGCUACAGUGAGCGGCCUGCAAGAUGGCCAUCUGUGGCAGAGCAUCUCCCCCGUGUGUCAAACUGCGGUCUUACUAUUCACCUUCAGCAGUCUCGGCUUCCUUGCCUGGUUCUGUAUGCAGGAGUUAACUCUUGCAAGAGUUACCUUGCAUUUGAGAGCUGUGCUAUAUGGGAGUGUUGGUCCCAACCUCAUGAUUGGUUAUAGGUUCAGGAAGGAUUCAGGAGAGGAUGAAGACAUCCUCACCCAUCCAACUUCUAUGGUACAACCUGGAAGAUAGGAGGAGACUGAUGGAUGAGAAGGAUGGAUAAGAAAGAGAAGAAUGGAUAAGAUAGGAGAAGGAGACUGAUGGAUAAGAAAGAGGGUGAAUAAUACCUUCUUCUUGGCUACUCACAGCUUUGUUUGGUUUUUCCAAGUAAACAUUUCAUUUCUUGCGAAGGAAUAGUAAGGAAAUUUUGCAAAGGAAAAGUAGAAAGACAUAAAGCAUCCUGAGAUCUUGGACAAUAUUCCUUAGGCUCCUGAACAAGUAUGUGUAUCAGUAUUGAGUUUAUUUUUAGAAGAUAUGAUAAGUUGCAGGUGAUCAAGUGUUGACCUCCUACAGAAACCAGUCUCUGGCAGAAGGAUUGUUUUAAGAUAAGACCAGUGAAUGCAGCCAUGUCCAGCAUCAGCAUGUUUCCCUCUUAUUUCAGCCUGGUUACCAGCACUUAGAAAUCACCGAGUAUCAAAAUGAAGAGCUUAAUUCUGCUACUGUUGGUGGCCAUGUUUAGAGAUGACGAUCUGGAUAUUCUUCAUGUCUCCCAUCCCUCAGUGGUCAUUUCUUUAAAGAGCUUUUGCUUCCUCAUCCCUCACCCAAUAAGGAAGGUCUGAGAUCCAGGCAGGAUCUCAGUUGUGUGGCCCUUCUUGUUCUGCUCUCCUGCAUCAGAUCUCAACCCAGGGAAUGCCCUCCAAGUUGCUUUUCCACACCAGUAAACAUGUUGCAUGGAACUGUUUUGAACAGGUAACUCCUCUUGCUAAACCUUUGUGCUCCAGGCUUACUUAUAAAAGGAACAUGAGUGGCAAUUUAUUGAUGACACAGCUUAAAGCACGGCUUCCCUGUUUCUGGUGAGCAGAGCUGUCCCUGUACCUUCCCCCUGAAGAGCACAGAGACAUCAGUCUGCCAUGCAGAGUCAGAGGACUGUGACUAGAAAGUAACGUCUCCUGAUGUAUCUCGAUUUGUGCUGUGGUUGUAGUGUGUAGCUUCUGAAGCUGGAAGAGGGCAAAAGCAGUUUGAAAGGACAGUGAAAAACCAUCCAGAACUACUUCUCUCAGAUUUGAUAUUUUAGAGCAUGUCUCCGUGUGGAAGAUACGACCUCCCUCUGUAGCCAGGGGCAGAAGGUGUUUCAGUGGUGUUAUCCUACCCUGGAUGCAGCUGUGUGUCAAGGUCCUCAGCUACUGCAGCUCACAGCCAGAUAUGACAUGGCAUCAUUUGCAGAGCUACAGGAUGGAAGCACUUUUGCUCUACCCCAUCCCCUCUAGCUGUUGGGAAUGAAUCAGCAAAGCCAGCAACUGAGCCCAGAGAGAUGGAGCCCUGCUUGGAGCCAAGUCUGACAUCCUUCUUUUCUUGCUGCAGGAGAUUUCAUUAUAGCUAUUUAAAACAGAAGCCGCAGUGCUACUGACCACAAAGGCACAGAACCAUCCCUAGCUUUUUCUCCAGAACAUCAAAUCACAGCUACUAAUUAAGGGUGAGGAAAAAAGGUUUUCAAGGAAGAACUGGUAUAAGAAUUAGGGGCUGAAUACAAGGAAUAAUUUAAUCUCAGGGAUAGAUGGGAAGUGUGAUAUAUACUAUCACCAGGUGGGAAUGUUUCUGUGUGGUGGUGAUGGUGGAGGAGUUGUACAGGAGGUCUCUGUCUUAAAUGACAUUUCCAAAUGUAGUUGCUGCAUCUUUUUAUGGGAUGCUUUCUGCACCGGUGGGUGCUGGGAGCCUCCUACAGACACAGGGCAUCCUCAGCACUCACCACGGGAACUCUGCUCCCUCCAGCGGAAACCUCGAUAGGAAAUCUGUUGCUGUGUUACAGAGGAUAACCGUGCGAAGCUGGAACUUUUACACUGCGGUUAAGUCACUAGAGGGCAAUCUCGCUCUCAAAAACACAGUAUCUUGCUCUCAAGAGUCGGGAUCCUAUUAGUUUUCAUUGGACUGAAAAGCAAAUGAUCCCAAUAAAUCUAAAUCCUGUUGCCAAAAAAGGAGGAAAGGCAAGAGACUAAGGGAGGGCCUUCUAAUAAGUAGCAAGGUUCAGGUAGAAGAAAGUCCCUAAACUCUGGGAACCACUCCAAGGGCGAGAAUAUGGAUGUAUUGCUUUCUGCAGCAGGAGAUGGGCUGGCAGCGAUACAGGGACAACACCAACAGGCAGAGAGCAGGAGGGUGCUGGGAAGGAGACAGCUAUCACCCCACCUCUCUGUCCUUGUGGCUGUGCUAUACACCUGCCCAGGAGCCAGCAACCGUGUCUUCAGCUCCCUGGAAACUCAGCCUUCCUCUUUCUUUCCUUUUUCAACCCCAGGAGAUACAUUCUCCAAGCACAGUUUUCUGAUGCCUUUCCUUCAGCUUCGGUGGGCAAUUCUGACUCUGCAUCACCUCUCCUUGACAUUGUAGGCAACACAUAUGGGCAGUACCCAGUACAGACCCUGUCCUCAUGCUCCUCCAGGGCUGUCACUCACCAGGUCAGGCUGCCCAGGGCCCCAUCCAGCCUGGCCUUGAACACUUCCAGGGGUGGGACACCCACAUCUUCUCUGGGCAGCCUGUGUCAGUGCUUUUCUCAUGAUGCAGGUGUUAGUCUGUUGUGCUCCAGGCAAUGUGUUUUGGUCAGAGCUUGGCUUUGAAGGCAACUCCUGGUUGGGUGAUGAGGAAAGCACAAGUCCUACCAGGCACCAAGACCAUUGAGAGAGUGCAGGAUGUGCUUUCCACAGGGAAGAUUCUCACAAAUAAAAAUUACAAGGAAACACAAAUCCUAGGAAAGAAUUAAUCAGUUUGAGAGGCUUUAGAAUGAUUAGAAGAAAGAACAGCAUCUUCUCUGGCUCUCCUGAAUGAUGUUAAUUACCAUUUGCACAACUCUGGUGUGUGCCAGUUAAAGUUUGCAGGAUUAGAAUGCUAAAUGUAUUCGUCUUGCUUUUCUUAGAGAAGCUACUCUUGGACUUGGGCACCUGCACAGGUCAACAGCUCAAAGAAAUGUACCUUUUUGCUGCCAACAGGGCAGUGCUUUGCAUACGGGUUCAUCUGCAGCCUGAUUCCAAGCUAGGAACAGUACAGACUCAAAAUGCCAUUCUUCCUCCAUACAGUUUGCUGUCCGUACAACCAUCAGAGGGAUAAUCAUAACCUCCCUUGUUUUUAGCAAAGCAUGAGCAGAUAUGCCAACUCCUGAGGUCCCUUUUUCUCUGCUAAAAUCUGUGUUCCAGCCUUACUGUGCUUCUUUGUCAAGUGUAAUUCACCUGAGUGGGAAUAACUGGGGUGCUUUGUGGAGUUCCUUAUGAGGUGUCUUCAGCACCUCCUGUAGUGGCAUGCUAUGUAAAUGCAGGAUGUGCUACAUGGGUUAGUACUGUGCUGAAGGGAACACCAAAGGGUCAAGUUCCCUUAAAGCAUAACUGCAGCUUCAAAGGAGGAGCAGCUAUCGUCAAUGAUUUCCUUAUUAAACCAGGUUAGGCUGGUUGAAAGGCAGGCCAUGGUCCAGUUGUCUUUGAAGUGAACCAAAUUCCCAAGGCUGUGAGCCAGCAGGUCCAUCCUCUCUGUGAGCCCUGAGCUCUGCCCAGAAUGGAUCCAUCUGUCCCAGCCUGUCCCUCUGUGUCCUCCCCAGCCCAUGGCAGUCUCAGGUCUAAGCUUCUUCCCCCACUUCUUCUCAAUCCACUGGUGGACACCAUCCCUCCUUGCAACACUGGCUUCCUAUGCCCAGGCUGAGGAGUUUGGCUGUUUUCUAGCUGUGUCAUUAAAAUACUGCGAGCUGGAGAGGCAAGAGAUCAGUGACCAGAGCUAAUGGCAGCAAAAAGGAUUAAAUGAACAAUAGGUCUUGAGUGUAAUUUAUGAAUGCCAUUAGCUGCUGAGAGGGAAUUACGUUAUGACUGCAGUUCUGAGGGGGAAGGGUGGUUCUUAUCUGGCAGGAAGAAAAAAAAAGUGUCUGAUUGCAUUUGGAUUAACAAACAAUGGUCAUAUUAAUCUAUCUUGGCCUGUUAUGUUUAGAUUAGGUCUAAUAACAGCCCAACAAACAGACUGCAUUUCCUGCAUCUUGCCUUGGUUGCCUGUGACCAGCGAGUGUUGUGUUGGUACCCUGGGGCUGCGGCCAUGCAGCGUGCACUGCCCUUGCCUAGCAGAGCAUGGCUCUCCAUCAAGACUCAUGCAGAAUGCAAAGUGUCCAAUGCAGUGGUCCGCAUUGAUCGGGAGGACAUCAGUUAGAGGAGUGUUUGGCUGGAGCCCCGCAGCCCAAGGAUGGCACUGAGCUAACCGCUCCCUGCUCUGAAAUAGCAUCUCUCUGCUUUGUUUCAUAAUCAAUGCAGCAUCUCGUUAAAUUGCUUAGCUUGGCAUCUGGGACCAUUUGUCAUCUUGUGAUGUGAGGGAUCCUAAUCAGAUUAAACCUGGGGAUCAUAUUGUGGAGAGAGAGAGGGAUUAGAUUGGAGAAUAAAGCCAAAGCGAUUUUGUGUGGCAGUGCAGUUGCUUCUCCUUGGGGUUGAGGGGGCAUAGGAAGCCCCUGCGGGAGGGUUGUUGUAGAGGGGAUUUGUUUUAGCACCCCCCAGCUCAGCACUGUUGAAGGAAUUGUAGGCCUGGAUGCCUGGAUGGGGUUGGCUCACUCUGGUUUCCUUCCCCAAUGAGACUAGAAGUGAGGGUUUGCCUGGGUUAGGAAAACAGAGGUGGUGUAGGGGCUGCCAGGAAACAAAGCCAUGCGUGCAGUAGAACAGUACUUCUGGGUAAGGUGGGGGAUGCCCUGGGCGCCGGUUCCUUAGUGCUGGAGCUAAAGCCAAUUAGGGGGUAAAAUCUGUCCAGAGCACGGCUUUUUUCUCAGGGAAACUCCGGGUUCAGAGGAAGUGCAAGCAUUCUCAUAGUCACAUGCGUGCCCCAUCACCACCAGUGAAAUCAGUGGGAAUCUAUAAAUACACUCACUUGCAAAAAGGGGCUAGGCUGACUCCUAUCCCCAAAGAAGUAAACAGCUGUCAAAAAAGCAGAGAUAAUGUGGACAUAAAUGUUUUACAACUGUACCUAAGACAAUUGUAAGCUCUGUUCUCUCACUCCCUGUUACUUGUCCUGGAGAUACACUUAAUGAAUAAUAUAUCCUUUCAUCAGCUUGA